GGUUGGCUCAGUUUCCUUCCUUAGCUCGACGGCAGCAGCAGCAGUGUUGGUGGUGAUUUUCUCUGGUGUGGUGGCUUGAGCAGCACAAAAGAAAAAAGAAAAAAAAAGGAAAAAAAGGUUUUCCGUGACAUUAAUUUAGCCCAACCGAGAAGUGUGUUCGAGGCUCGGUUUGUAUUGAAAGAUUUUUGUCGGAGGAUGACACCGUUGUAGCCCCUUUCCAAUUUCUGUAAAAUCUUCCAAUAGUCGAGGAAACACGGGAAACCACACGCAUUUGUUGGAAAAGUGCACGGAAUAGUGUAUGUGUGUGUAGAGUGUGUGUUUGUGUGUAGUUAGUGCUUUAUAGCGAAAGAGAGAGAGAGAGAGUACCAAGUGUUGCAAGUGCCAAGUGUGACGAUCAUCAAGCAAGUGUGCUCCUUCCCCCGCGUCUUUCACGAACUCUUCCGGUAGCGUCCAGCGCGUUAGUUAAAGCGCCUAACCCAGCAAGCACAAACCUCUAAGCGACUCAAAGCGAAGAUGGCCACCGAAACCGAGAACAAGCCCGUCGUUGCCGGCGAGGAGGAGAAGAAGGUAGAGGCCCCAGCUGUGGAGGCGGCGGCAGCAGCAGCAGCAGCAGCACCGGCCGCAGCAGAUAAGCCAGCGGAGGCCGCGGCGGCGGCGGCAGCGGGCGGCGGUGACACGGCCGCCGAUAAGAAGCCCGAGGAGAAGGCCGAGGCUGCGCCGGCCGCCAGCGGCGAGGGUGGCGAUGGAGCGACCAGCUCCGAUGCGGCGGCCGCCCCGGCCAAGAAGGAGAAGGAGAUGAAGCCGACCGUCCACAAGGCGAACUUCGAGAAGGACGUGGUGUACCUGUACCAGUUCACCCGCACACCGAUGCUGCCGUCGAUUUCGCCCUUCUGCCUGAAGGUGGAGACCUGGCUGCGCCUCGCCGGGCUGAAGUAUGAGAACAUCGACCAUAAGCUGAAGCUGCGCUCGAAGAAGGGACAGCUGCCGUUCGUCGAGGUCAAUGGGGAGGAGAUUGCCGACUCGACCAUCAUCAUGCAGGAGCUGGCGACGCGCUACGACAAGGACCUGGACGCCGCCCUGACCCAGGAGCAGCGCAACAUUGCCCACGCGAUGAUUUCGAUGCUUGAGAACCAUCUCGUCUGGGUGGUGCUGUCCUGGCGCAGCAAGAACACGGAACAGAUGCUCAAGGGCUACAAGAUUAACCUGCAGCACGCGCUCGGCAGCCGUCUGCCGAAUGCGCUGCUGAACUUCUUCUUCAAAUUCCAGUUCAGCCGCAAGUGUUUCCAGGGUGCUAAAAAGGUGAAAGCUCAGGGCCUGGGCGUCCACAAGCCGGAGGAAAUUGAGGAGUUCGGUCGCAAGGAUCUGAAGGUGCUGUCCGAGCUGCUGGCCGAUAAGCCAUUCUUCUUCGGUGAUGAACCCACCACGCUCGACUGUGUUGCAUUCUCCGUGUUGGCACAAAUUCACUUCAUUCUGGACGAGGUUAAGUACGGUCUGAAGGAGUUCAUGCAGGAGAACUGCCCGAACCUGGUGGGACACGUUUCGCGGAUCAAGGAGCGCUGCUUCCCCGACUGGGAGGACAUCUGCACCAAGCUCGAUCUGAACGCGCACAUCCCGAAGCCAGAGCCGGAAACCAAGGAAAACAAGGAAGGUGCUGACACGGAAAAGACCGCCGAACAGGACAAGAACGAGUCGGAAAAGGAGCUCGAGAAGGACAACUCGAACGAGAAGUCCGAAAAGAAGGAGGAACCCGAGAAGGUGGUGGAGGAGAAUAAAGAAAAAGAGGAGGCAGCCGCCAAAUAAGUUGGUUAGGGAGCGGUGAAAGCUAGAGAGCGGCCACAUUAAAUAAUAUGCACAGCAGCAAACAACAGCAACAACAGCAGCAACAACAAGAAGCGAGGAAGCACUAUUGCUUUUUUACAACUAUUCUACUGAAACAAGCCGUCAGCUAAAUUAAGAAAUAUAUAUAUAGUGUGACGUGCUCCCGUAA